CAAGUUGGGUUUUUCCUACAACAGGUUCAACAGGUGUUCGUUCACAAUGCGCGUCCUUUUCUGCCUAGUAUUGGCAUUCGGUCUGGCUGCAGCCGAUCAGUACUGUCUGAGCGAGAUGACACGUUCGGAUGAGCGGAUCAGCAAGCAUGGCUAUCCGAGUGAAUCGCACGAGGUGGUGACCGAGGAUGGCUAUGUGCUCACCCUCUUCCGCAUUCCCUACUCCCACAAGCUGGGCAACCAGAACGCUAAGCGUCCUCCGGUCUUGCUUCAGCACGGACUCUUCAGCAAUUCAGAUUGCUGGCUCACUUCGGGACCGGAUCACUCUCUGGCUUAUCUGCUCGCCGAUGCGGGUUACGAUGUCUGGCUGGGCAAUGCACGUGGCAACAUCUACUCGAGGGCCAACAACCAGAUCUCGUUGAACAGUCCCAAGUUCUGGCACUUUGAUUGGCAUGAGAUUGGCAUCAUUGACAUUGCCGCCAUGAUUGAUUACAUCUUGGAGAAGACGGGCUUCUCCAAGGUGCACUACGCUGGUCACUCGCAGGGCACAACUGUCUACUUGGUCUUGAUGUCCGAACGUCCCGAGUACAAUGACAAGAUUGCUUCGGGUCAUUUGCUGGCACCUUGUGCCUUCUUCGAGCAUGGCAGAUCGGCCAUCUUCAGGUGGUUGGGCCCCUUGGUGGGCACUCCGGGUGGCAUCUGGAAUACCGUGCUGGUGGACACUGAACUGAUUCCGCGCAACAAUCUUAUCAAUCGCAUCGUCGACAACAGCUGCGGCACUGGCAGUCCCUUCGAUUCCAUCUGCAAGAACGGCUUCCUCAUGUUCGCCAACGGUGGCUAUCAGAACACCAACAUUUCCUCCAUGCAACAGAUGAUUGAAACCCAUCCGGCUGGCUCAUCCAGCAACCAGGGCAUUCAUUACCUCCAGCUGUGGGCGUCUCACGAGUUCCGUCAAUACGAUUGGGGCACCAAGAAGAAUCGCGAACUUUAUGGCCAGGAGCUGCCACCAGACUAUGAUCUGAGCAAGAUCACAGCUCAAACCCAUUCCUACUCCAGCCAGAAUGAUGCUCUCUGCGGUCCUAAGGAUGUUGAUACUCUUGUCUCGAAAUUUGUCCACCUGGCCGAAGAUCAUCGCGUGCCCUGGGAAAGCUUCAACCAUCUGGACUUUAUUGUGGCCAAGAACAUGAGGGAAUUGGUCAACGAUUUGGUUGUCGAGCGCAUUAACAAAUACGAAAGCCGUUAAUUGUGAUCUCGAUGCAAAAAUAAACUUUGAGUGAUUAUCAA